AAAUUAUUUACAGUAAUUUUCAAAAAUUAAUUUUAAUUGUGAUUUUUUAUCGUUAUGUAAUUUCUAGAUUCAUCAUUUUAUGACCAAAGAUGAACUACGUAAAAUAUUUCAAACAACUCUUAAUGAAGUUCCUCAAUAUGAAGUCGCGUCAAUUUCGCAUACGUUACAUAAAAGAAGUGUAGAUGAAAGUCAAAUUGUUAGAAUUCACACGCGGAACGAAAGUGUUCGUUUAUAUUUAAACCCUACGGAAGGAUUUUUGAUAGGAGAGAAUACUCCAGUUUGGACAGUUAUGCCAGAUAGAUCUGCCUCUGAAGGUCUAAAAUACCAACAAAUAGAAAACGCAUUUGACAAUAUUGGAAAAGCAUAUCAAGAUGUUGAUAGUGAUUCAGCGUUGGUGAUACAAAAAUCACCAAAUGGUGAUGUAAAACUAUAUGGAAGAUUUCGUUCAGAUUUUGUAAUAAAACCAAUACCAACUCGAAUAUUAACUGCCUAUCCUAGAUCAAGCAAACUUGUUAAUGAGACUGGAGAUGACUUUGAGCAGAACUAUAGUCACAUAAUAUAUAAACGACCCGAGUACGAUGAUGAUCAAAUAAAGAAUGGAAUAAAACUUGUUGAACGCUAUCACAAAAAUCGUUUUGGUUACGGACGAAUGAAACGAAGCCUUCCAGAUAUUAUUUAUCCAGAAUUAUUGGUGAUUUUGGAUUAUAGUUUAUACAAUGUUCUUGGUAAAGAUUAUGAAGCAGCAGUUCGAUAUCUAGUGUCAUUUUGGAAUGCAGUUGAUUUGCGAUACAGGACGAUGACUGAACCACAAAUUCGAUUGAAUCUUGCAGGAUUUAUUAUUUCUAUAAGAGAAGGAGGAACUCCUUAUCUAGAAGAGCAUCGUCGAGGAGUAAAUGAGCUAGAUGCUGAUGGAGCUCUACAAAAUAUGAGCCAAUAUUUUUUUAGAGAGUCCAGAUUUCCAUUUGAAGUUUAUGAUAUGGCUGUCGCAUUAACUAACUUGGAUAUGUGCAACAUUGAGUACGGCUAUUGUGAUACAUCAACCUUAGGCUAUGCAUAUGAAGCAGGAGCAUGUAACAGAAGCUCAAUUGAUUUAAAUACUGAAGCAGUUGGGAUAAUUGAAGACAAUGGUGGAUACAGUGCUGUUCUUCCUGCUACUCAUGAAGUAGCACACUUACUAGGAGUUCCACAUGAUGGAACUGAAGACACUUUUACUUGCUCAGGCUAUGAAGGAUUCAUUAUGACUGGAACAGUGACAUUUGGUAGAAACAGCUUUUUCUGGUCUGAUUGCAGUAAAAAAGCAUUCUUGGAUUUUUUUAAUUCAGAAGAUGCUGCUUGUUUAUUUAAUAAACCUAAAGAAAGUCCACCAUUGCCUCGACUUUUACCCGGACAAAUAGCAACGCUUGAUGAACAAUGCAGCAAAGUUUUUGGCACGAGAGCUUGUUAUCAUGACUAUAGGGUGUGUAUCAGACUAGACUGCUACAUUCCUCGAGGAAAUGGAACUUGCAAUGGCAUAUCAGCAGCAGCUGAAGGAUCGGAUUGCGGAAAUGGCAUGCAUUGCAUUCGUGGAAAUUGUAUCCUGAAAAAUGCUACAAUGAUACCUGAAACUAAAAAAAAAUUUACAAUACUGACUCGUCGAAAAGUUAAUUCACUAUUAUUAAUGUUUAGUGAUUGCUUAUGUGAGCAGUAUAAAUUACUUUAUGUCUUUAUUUUAUUUUAUGGACAGCUUCUUGAAUUAAUAACCGAUAAUGAAAUUCAAUCUAUUUUCCAAACAAAUAGAAAUUCAGUGCCAGAAUAUGAAGUUGUGCCAGUGUUACAUUCCAUGACAAUUAAAAAUCCCAGAAAUCCAGAAGUACAUUUCAAAGCAUUUGGUCACGACAUUUCACUUUAUCUUUGGCCCACAGAAGGAAUGUUAUUUGGAGAACAUACGCCUAUUUAUACAGUAGAAAGUAAUCGAUCGGCAUUCAAAGGUCUCCAUUAUACAAAAUACAAUCAAUAUGGUCUCUACUAUGCCUUCAGAGAUGAGGAAAACAACGCAGCUAUUAUUGUUCGUCAAGACAAGCAAAAACGAUAUAAAUUUGAUGGCACCUUUAAUAAAAAAUAUGUUAUACGAUCAUUACCAGAACGAAUAGUGGAAAAAAUAAUUAAAAGAAAUAAGUCAUACUUCAAAUCGAAUCUAUUUCCAAAAGCAGUAUUAAAUAAUCCAUUAUACACAUUAACUAAUCACCAUGUCAUCUUUAAAAUGAGUGAAAAGCAUAAUAAACUUAAAAAUCCAAAAGAUAUAAUUUUUUCUGCAACAGAUGAGUUGUUGAGCAAUCAAGAUAUCUCAAUGAUAAUGAAUAAAUUACAUGAAGCGAAGGGCAAUCAGAAUACUGUCUACCCUGAAAUUCUUGUUAUUGUCGAUUACGAUACAUUCAAAUCAUUCGGAUCAGAUAUAUCAGAGACUUUAGUAUAUUUAUCAGCCUUUUGGAAUGGAGUGGACUUAAGAUAUAGAAUAUUAAAUAACCCUAAAAUACAUCUUAAUCUGGCAAUAAUAAUAAUUGCAUUGGACAAUGAAGCUACACCUUACUUGAAUAAAUAUAAAGUCAGUGAUAUUGCUAUUAGCAGUGAUGCUAUGAGUGAUGUAGGAAAAUAUUUUUAUGAAGAAACAAGAUUUAGUAAGAGCUCUUAUGAUAUUGCUGUUGUUAUGACAAGAUUAAAAAUAUGUGAAUGGCCAGUAAUGAGAAAUAACGAGUCCGAGUGUGCUGCUUUAAGAGGCAUAAGUAAAUUUGGAUCAGCGUGCGCUUGGAAUGAAGAGGGUAAAAAAUUGGAAGCAAUAGCACUUGUUCAUGACGAAGGGUUUAAUGGAAUUCCUACUGCUGCUCAUGAACUAGGACAUAUAUUAGGAGUUCCUCAUGAUGGUUCACCAUCUGCAAGUUAUAUUGGAGGUCCAGGAGCAACUAAGUGCAGAUGGGAGGAUGGAUACUUGAUGAGUAGUAAUAGGUUUACCGAGAAUGCUUUUAAAUGGUCAUCAUGUAGCAUAGAAUGCUUCAAAUAUUUUUUAGGAAAACCUGCAAGCAAGUGCCUUUAUAAUAGACCAAAACUAAAUAUAGAACUGCCAAAAAUUUUACCAGGAACAUUAAUGUCUUUGGAUGAGCAAUGUUAUAAUGCAGGAGCUUUAGAUGCUUGUUAUCACGAUGAAAGAGCAUGUACGCUGCUCUAUUGCACAGAUAGAAACAACACAAAUGAAUGCUAUGCUACAUCGCCAGCAGCAGAAGGAUCAACAUGUGGAAAUGAAAAGAUAUGUAUUCAAGGAGAAUGUGUAAAAAAACGACAUUGGAAAACAGUGAACCCGGCCAAUUUUUAAUAGUGGUUAUUAGUACAAUUUCUCAGAUGAUCACAGACGUCCAACUUGCUAUUUUCUCCAACAUUCUUGGAGUAACACUCUUCUUUUUGGUUUUCUUAUUCCACUACAUAAAUGCAAUAUAUUCAAAAUAAUUGAAUAAUGACUACUUUGUUACUUCAAAUAAUCAAUUCAGUAUCAAGCAAUUAAAAACAGCAAUUCUUACGUUUACAGCAAAAUUAUGUCUCUAUUUGUUUCGUAAAUUACCUGUAAUAAUGAAUGUCUCAUGAACUUUGAAUGUCAACAAUAAACCAUUAUUUACUUUUU